AUGGAAUGCCCAAUGUGUUUUGAUUUGUAUUCCCAAAAUAAAGUGGCAAGAAAUCUCCUUUGUGGUCAUACUUACUGUUCUAUGUGUCUUGAAUAAAUCUUCAAUAUCAAUAAGAGAAUAGAAUGUCCACUUUGUAGAACAAAGCAUGAACCACAUGUGAAACCACAUCUAUUAAGUAAAAAUUAUGUGGCUAUGGAUUUGGCUUCCAAACAUUUGGAAGUAUAGUAAAUUAAUAGCAUAAUAAUUAGAAAAAAAUUCGAUUUAUGUCCAAUACAUACAAAACUUCCAUUAUAAUUUUUUUGUGAAGAUGAUUAAUCAAAUAUGUGCACUGAAUGUAUAGCAGAGCAUUAUGGUCAUAAGUUUUUCAAAUACGAACAUUCCGGUAUCGAAAUAAUAUAUAGCCUAGUAUCUUUAUAAUAAAAUCGAUUGGGAAAGAUCUAAUCAAAACUAAAAUUCCAAUUUGACAUUUUGGAAAAGUAAGUAAAAGGAUUUGAUAAUAGCAAAGAAUAAUUGUAAUUAGAAAAUGUGAAAUUGGUAUUUUAUUUAUCAAAAACUUUCAGAUGCAACAACUUGAUGAACAAUUUGAUCGACUAAUAAAAAAGAUCGAACUUAGAAAAUAAGAAUUGUUGGAUUAACUAUUGAAAAUAUUUACUACUGAAUGCGAAUAGAUUGAUCAGGAACUAGCUUUUAAUUAAUCUUUGCUGACCAAUAUGGCAAGUUUAACAGCAAAAUUAGACUAGAAAUAAAUAGAACUAAGUAUACAUAGUCAAAUAAUGUAAUAGAAGGAAUUAAGGCCCUGAAAAACAAUGAUCUUAUAAAGGAAAUUGAUGAUUUAGAGGAAUAAGUAGAUAGAGAUGUGGCAUAACAAAAGCAAUUAAAGAUUAGUGAGAUUAAGAAAUUACCAAAGUUAGUUUUUGAUUUGAAGCUAAUUAACGACAUCUCAAAAUUUGGUUAAUUCAAAAAGGAUAUAUCUAAUCCAUAAAUAUGCUUCUUUGGUGAUAAGCAUAAAAUAUUAAUUUAUAACAUUGAAAAUAAUGAGUGGACAUACAAACAAAUGCCAAAUGUAUACUAAAUUUAUAUAAUAGAAUACUUUAGAAUAUAAUUAUUAUGCUGCCGCUGUCAGUUUGCCAAGUGGUGAUAUCAUAAUUACUGGAGGAGGAGUCAGCAGAAACACCAUGUCAAUAUCGCCAUCUAAAGGAUUUCAAUCAUAAGCCUUAAAAAGUAUGUACUUUCCAAGGAAAGAGCAUGCCUGCGUCUAUCUUGAUGGAUUUGUAUAUGCAAUUGGAGGGUAAUCUAAUAAUUAAGUUAAAAUAUAGAUAUGAUGGAUCAGCUAAGCAAAUGUUGUCAUGCUGUGAAAAGUAUAGUUUAGUUUCAGAUGAAUGGAAAAUAAUCGAUCCAUUACAGAAAUAAAAAUGUGCCUUUGCAGCAGCAGCAGCCAUAAAUAAAUUUAUCUAUGUGUUCGGAGGCUUUGAUGGAAGAGAGAGAUUGAACACAAUUGAAAGGUAUUCUGUGAAAGACAACCAAUGGAAGGUCUUGGAUGUUAAAUUCAAAUAAGGGUUUAGUAAUGCUGCUGCGAUAUCCUAAGAUGAUAAUAAGAUCUUUAUCUUGGGAGGAGGGUAAGUAUUACAUAUUUUAAUCAUUUAAGAUCAAAUCAAGGUUUUUCAUAUGAUUUAUAAGUAUAUGAUGUGAAAGAAUAGAUAGUUAAAACUUUGAGCAAAAUGAAUGAAGGAAGGGAUUUGAGAAACAAAUUGGUUAUUCAUGAUAAUCACUUAUUUGCUUGUGGUGGCAACAAUUAUUCAGUAGAAAAAUACUCAUUAAGCCAGCAAACAUGGAUGAAUUUAAGGUAAAUCAUAAAUUAAUUAUAAUUAGGAGUUAUGAUUCACUGGUUCAAGAUAAUUUGGAUUCAUGGUGCAGUGCUUUAACAUUUGAAAUCAAUAGUUCAAAUACUAUUUCAAAUUUAUUAAAGCAUAAUUAAUAAAAAGUAAUGUUUAUUUUACAUUGUAGUAACAAUAAUACCAAAAAUAUAAAUUUGAAGAAUAAGCACCAUUUGGGAAUGAUUCAUUUAAUUAAGAUGCUCAAAGUGAAGAAUUCGAAGACUUAGAAGAUUAUGCAUAUAACGAAUAAGAUGAAGGAUUAUUUUAAUUUUGA